AUGGCCGCUAACGCGACCACCUCGCCUCUGGCGAGCAUCAAGUUUGGGACCACCAAUGUGCCGCCCCAACUCGAAUUUUUUAUCGAUUAUGUCUCGAACGCGAGCACCUUGACCAUCCUUGCGACGGUCCUUGCGACGCUCGUAGUCUACGACCAAUUCUCGUACAUUUGGAAGAAGGGGUCAAUCGCAGGGCCGACGUGGAAGACGCCCUUCAUUGGGCCAUUCCUCGAGUCCAUGAACCCCAAGUUCGAAGAGUAUUACGCGAAGUGGCUCAGCGGUCCGCUCAGCUGCGUGUCUGUUUUCCACAAGUUCGUGGUCAUUGCCUCCACGCGUGACAUGGCACGGAAGGUCUUCAACUCGCCCGCUUUCGUCAAGCCCUGUGUCGUCGACGUCGCACACAAACUUCUCGGUGCGGACAACUGGGUAUUCCUGGACGGCAAAGCCCAUGUGGAGUUCCGUAAGGGGUUGAAUGGCCUCUUUACGCGCCGGGCCCUCGAAAUUUAUCUCCCCGGCCAGGAAGAGGUCUACAACCGCUACUUCAAGGAGUUCGUGCAGACUACCGAGCAAGCCAGCGGCAAGCCCGUGCCGUUCAUGACGCACUUCCGUGAGGUCAUUACCGCAGUUUCGUGCCGUACUUUUGUUGGCCAUUACAUCUCCGACGAAGCCGUCAAGAAGAUCGCCGAUGAUUACUACCUCAUCACUGCCGCCCUUGAGCUUGUUAACUUCCCCAUCAUCUUGCCUUACACCAAGACCUGGUACGGCAAGAAGGCGGCCGACAUGGUUCUGGCCGAGUUCGCCCGUUGCGCCGCCAAGAGCAAGGUCCGGAUGGCUGCCGGCGGUGAGCCCAACUGCAUCAUGGAUGCGUGGAUUAUCCAGAUGAUCCAGUCUCAGAGGUGGCGCGAGGCGCAGGAGAAGGGCGACACUGAGGGUGUCGAGAAGCCGACACACAUUCUCCGCGACUUCACUGACUACGAGAUUUCCCAAACGGUCUUCACUUUCCUCUUUGCUUCGCAGGAUGCUACCAGCAGCGCCGCUACCUGGCUGUUCCAGACCAUGGCCCAGCGCCCCGACGUUUUGGACCGCGUCCGCGACGAGAACUUGAAGGUCCGGAACGGUAACAUCCAUGCCGCUGUCGACAUGGACCAGCUUGAGUCCAUGACUUACACCCGUGCCGUCGUCCGCGAGCUUCUUCGUUACCGCCCUCCCGUCAUCAUGGUCCCGUACAUUGCUAAGAAGGCGUUCCCCAUCACCGACACCUACACCGCUCCCAAGGGAUCCAUGGUCAUUCCCACGACCUAUAUGGCACUCCGUGAUCCUGAGGUCUAUGACCGCCCCGACGAGUUCGACCCCGAGCGGUAUUACAGUGGCGAUGCGGAGGUCAAGGGCGCGAAGAACUUUCUCGUUUUUGGGACUGGCCCCCACUACUGCCUGGGCCAGCAAUACGCCCAGCUCAAUCUUGUUCUGAUGAUUGGAAAGGCGUCGCUUCUUCUUGAUUGGAAACACCACGCGACACCGAAGUCGGAGGAGAUCAAGGUUUUCGCCACGAUCUUCCCUAUGGACGAUUGCCCAUUGACGUUCAAGGACAGGGAGUGGUGA